AUGUUCCGCGCCGUGCUGCCCCUGACUAGCGGUCAACAGCUGAGUGUCCCGUCCAUCCUCGCCAUCAUUCUUAUGUCUGCCAGCUUGGCGCUGUUCAUCCUGCUCACAUCGACUACUCCACAUGCAGACCCCCCAUCCAGCGAUAUCACCCCUGUUCAAACGGGGUCAAAAGACGCCUACGUGCUCUUCCUUCCCACCUCAAGCAUGGAACAAUGGUAUCUCCGCUCAGCGCUCGUCAUGAUCUUCGCACUGACAACUGAUCCCCUAUUCAAAGACCCAGCGGGACGCGACGUGGUCGUACUCACAUCCAAUAUGACAUCCUCAGAAGAUAUCGCCGAGCUACAGGCCGCAGGCGCCAAAAUCCAUCCCAUCCCAUACCUCAUUGACGGACUCUUUCCGGACGUAUCUCAUACGUUUCCACGGUACAAGUACACCUUCAACAAAAUCUGGGUUUGGGACCUGGUACAGUACGACAGGGUGCUAUUCAUGGACGCGGACAUGAUCUUUACGCGCCCGUUGGCGGAUGUGUGGAUAGACCCGCAUGCGUGGCCCAAGUCGGGGUUGGCGGCUACAGCGGACCUCGGAGCGCAGCUGGACGGGACCUACUUCAAUUCGGGGUUCAUGAUGGUCCGCCCGGAUAGGGCGGUCUUUGAGGAGCUCAAGAAGGUGGAAUUGGAUGAUGUCUUCUAUCCAGAUCAGAAUCUACUGAACAAGUAUUACAGUCGGCAUGGCGAUAAACCGUGGGAGCCGCUGAAUCGGCACUUCCAAGCGCUACACCCCACAGCUAAGGAUAUAGCGGGAGGGGCAUACACAUUACAAGAAAAAGGCUGGAGCAAGGACACACCGUUUGAGGUCGGAAACAUCUGGUGGACGUGGUAUGGUCAGGCGCAGGAGAUUAGUGUACUGAGGAGAGUUUAG